GGCGGGGCCAGCGGGUGCCGCGCGCUGCCGCCGUCUCCGCCGCCGCUUCCGAGUAAACAGCGCGGGCGGGGGGGUCCCCGCUCCCCUGCCCCCUGCCCCGCCAUGUCCGCCCGCGGAGCCUUCCCGCUCAGCCCCCUGCCCCCCGCCGCCGCCCCGCCGCCCCCGGGGCCCGGAGCCGCCAUCCUCCGCGGCCCCAGCCCCGCUCCCUCCGCCGCCUCCCCGGGUUACCGGCCCAUGGGCCCGGCCGCCGCGCAGUACCAGCGCCCAGGAAUGCCGCCGGGCAGCCGCAUGCCCAUGGCGGGGCUGCAGGUGGGACCCCCCGGAGCCCCCCCCUACGGAGCAGCCUCCCCCCUGAGGCCAGGGCUGCCCCAGGCCAUGAUGGAUCCCUUCAGGAAACGUCUGCUGACCCCCCAGGCACAGCCACCAAUGGCCACCCCACGGAGAGGGGUGAAAAGGAGGAAGAUGGCUGACAAGGUCCUGCCACAGAGGAUCCGGGAACUGGUCCCAGAAUCCCAGGCCUACAUGGACCUCCUGGCCUUUGAGCGCAAACUGGACCAAACCAUUGCUCGGAAGAGGAUGGAGAUUCAGGAGGCCAUAAAGAAACCCCUGACGCAAAAGCGGAAGCUGAGGAUUUACAUCUCCAACACCUUCACCCCAGCCAAAGAAGAGGGGGAGGGUGGUGAGCGUGUGGCCUCCUGGGAGCUACGUGUGGAGGGGAAACUGCUGGAGGAUCCAAGCAAGCAGAAGAGGAAGUUCUCCUCCUUUUUCAAGAGCCUGGUCAUUGAGCUGGACAAGGAGCUGUAUGGGCCAGACAACCAUCUGGUGGAGUGGCACCGACUGCCCACGACCCAGGAGACCGACGGCUUCCAAGUGAAGCGUCCAGGGGAUGUCAACGUCAAGUGCACCCUGCUGCUCAUGCUGGAUCACCAGCCCCCCCAGUACAAACUGGACCCUCGGCUGGCUCGCCUGCUAGGGGUGCACACCCAGACCCGUGCCAGCAUCAUGCAGGCUCUCUGGCUCUACAUCAAACACAACAAACUGCAGGACAGCCACGAGAAGGAGUUCAUCAACUGCAACCGCUACUUCCGACAGAUCUUCAACUGUGUCCGCAUGAGGUUCUCUGAGAUCCCCAUGAAGCUGGCAGGGCUGCUGCAGCACCCAGACCCCAUCAUCAUCAACCACACCAUCAGCGUGGACCCCAAUGACCAGAAGAAGACAGCCUGCUAUGACAUUGAUGUGGAGGUGGAUGAUCCCCUGAAAGCUCAGAUGAGCAACUUCCUGGCUUCCACCACCAACCAGCAGGAGAUUGCUUCCCUGGAUGCCAAGAUCCACGAGACCAUUGAGUCCAUCAACCAGCUGAAAACACAGCGGGAUUUCAUGCUGAGCUUCAGCAACAACCCCCAGGAUUUCAUCCAGGAAUGGAUCAAAUCCCAGAGAAGGGACCUCAAGAUCAUCACGGAUGUGAUUGGGAACCCCGAGGAGGAGCGUCGGGCAGAGUUUUACCACCAGCCCUGGGCCCAGGAGGCAGUGGGCAGACACAUCUUUGCCAAGGUCCAGCAGCGUCGGCAGGAACUGGAACAAGUGCUGGGGAUCCGCCUCACCUAAAGGGGGGGUGGGCUCGGGAGCUGCUGCCCCUCCCGCAGCCCGAGCUGAGGGUACUGACUGGAAUCAAACACAGCACUUGCACAAACCCCACGUGCCUGGAGGGAUUUGGGAGCCACUGGCACCCCUGGGUGCUCCCCUUACCCUGGGGGAGCUCCAGGCAGAGCACAGUGGAGGGUCCCCCCUGUUGAUUUUCCUUCCCCCCCCUCCUCAAAUUCCCACUGCCACCCUUCUUGCUUUUUUGCCUCUUCACCUCCAGCACUGCCCCACCCCCGCCUGCUCCUCUCCAAUGGCCAAAAAACCCUCCUAGAAAAAUGAAAAAAAAUAAAGCAGGGGGUGGGGUGGGAGCCACUGCCUGGCCCUCCUCGAGCCCCUUCUUCAACCAAAGUUUUGGCAUUCCAAACGCCAGCCCCCCCCUCCCUGGUGCCCGAAGUUUUGCACUAUUUUUGUGACCAGGUUUUUAUAAAAAAAAAGAAAGUAAGAUAAAAAAAAAAAAAAAAGAAAAAAAGCCUUUUGUACAGUGGGUUUGUAGUUGAAUAAUAUAUUGAGUUCCUGCACUCAGCGCCUCGAUCUAUGCAGUGGUUUUGGGGAGGGAGGGGCCCCCCCUGGGGCUGGCUCAGCCCCCACUUUCCUUGUUUUUUAUAUGUAACCAAGUUUUUUAGUGUUAAGUUUUUGACAAUCAUUCCUUUC